AUGGCCGCCUCCACCAUGUCCAUCUGCUCCAGCUCCGACGCCUGCACCCACGCCUCCUGGCAGGUGGACGACUGCCCAGAGAGCUGCUGCGAGCCCUGCGGCGCCCCCAGUUGCUGCCAGCCCCGCGGCUGCGCCCCCGCCCCCUGCCUCACCUUCCUCUGCUCCCCAGUGGGCUGUGCAUCCAGCCCCUGCUGCCAGUCCGUCUGCGCCAGCUGCUGCACACCCUCCUGCUGCCAGCCGUCUAGCUGCCAGCCCUGCUGCUGCCCCUGCUCAGCCUGCCAGCCGUCAUGCUAUGAGCCCGUGUGCCGUGAGCCCGUGUGCUGCGGGGCUUCCUCCUGCUGCUGCCAGCCAUCCUGCCAUGAGCCCGUGUGCCGUGAGCCCGUGUGCCGUGAGCCCAUGUGCCGUGAGCCUGGGUGCUGCACACCUGUGUGCUAUGAGCCCAUGUGCUGCGGGGCUUCCUCCUGCUGCUACCAGCCGUCCAGCUGCCAGCCCUGCUGCUGCCGCUGCUCAGCCUGCCAGCCAUCCUGCUGCGAGCCCGUGUGCUGCGAGCCCGUGUGCUGCGAGCCCGUGUGCUGCGAGCCCGUGUGCUGCGAGCCCGUGUGCUGCGAGCCUGUGUGCUACAGGGCUUCCUCCUGCUGCUGCCAGCCGUCUAGCUGCCAGCCCUGCUGCUGCCCCUGUUCAGCCUGCCAGCUGUCCUGCCGUGAGCCGGUGUGCCGUGAGCCGGUGUGCCGUGAGCCGGCUUCUUCCUGCUGCUGCCAGCCGUCCAGCUGCCAGCCCUGCUGCCGCCCCUGCCCGCCCUGCGCGCCGUCCUCCAGCGUGUCCCUGCUGUGCAGCUCUGCCUGCUCCCGCCAGGCGUGCUGUGGAACAAGCUCUUGCUGCUGA